AUGGCGGCGCGGUCGGACACAGCGUCUACUCCGGGUCCCAAAAACGGUGUUUUUAUGUCUGUUAGUCUCGUUUCCUCGUCUUCAAACAGUCUCACCUUAUCGCAAAAUCAUCAGAUAAACACUCGGAAACACAUCUAUGAUCGACAGAGCCUUCUGGAAAUCGGCAUGAACUUGCCAGUUGACUGUUCUAACCUUUAUAAAGCAGGACAAACAGUCAGUGGGAUUUACUCCAUCUAUCCAGCAGGAGACAUUCCUGUCUGGGUUUACUGUGAGAUGAUCUCAGAUGGGAAAGAUGAAGAUAAAGGAGGAUGGACGGUGAUUCAGAGGAGAAUGGACGGCAGUGUGAAUUUCUAUCGGCCAUGGAAGCAGACAUUCCAUCGCUGUCUGCUCCUUUUGUACAGUGUCAUGUUGGUGUUUUUAGCGGCUCUUCUCUCUGUUGCUCUGGUGAGCGGAUGCAGCGACUCUUUAUCUUACCAUAAUGGAUUCAAGUUCUCCACCUUCGACAAAGACCAAGAUGUCUCUGAAAAUAACUGUGCCAAACAGUAUCUUGGGGGAUUUUGGUACUCAGCCUGUCACAAUACAAACCCCAACGGUGUGUAUUUAUGGGGGGAAGAUCCCACCCUUUACGCCAUUGGAAAUGUUUGGUCAACAUGGAAGGGUUACACUGUCGGAAUGAAAUCCAUCAGCAUGAAGAUCAAACGUGUGUCAUAGAAACAUUACAGUUCUUCUCAGAAAUAAACAACAAAACAAUCAAUUUAAUGUUUAAUUGUUUCCUCUUUUCUAUUAACUGUGUAACUUAGUAAAUCAUGUAGGAAAAUCACUAUCAUAAACUUAUGUCUGUUUAUGAAUUGUUCUUCUUUGUUUUGGGUCUCUUCUUUUAAUGUGUAACUGAAAUGAAUCAACAAUUCAUAUAUUUUCAGUAAACUCCUGCACUGAAAUCAUUAUGUCAGAUGUGUUUAUCUCCACAACAGACACCAGAAACACUAAAUGAGAAAUUCAGUGGAACCAGAGCUGCUGAGAAACCAAUAAUAAAAGGAGCAUUAAAAACUCA